AUGGAGCACGUAUUUAUAUCGAAGAACCUACAUGAGCCAACAUUUCAACAUCUGGGUAAGUAGCCUCACAUGACAGGGCUUUUUUGAUUUUUUGGCGCUUUAUCAGUCUGCAAACUUAACUUAUGCACGAAGAGCCACAAAUAGAUAUACUAUAAAUCGCUCAUCUACCAAUCACUGAGAGAUGAGUUUUGUGGGAGCAGAGAACAGGUGGAUCUGAACCCUACUACACAUGAAAAUUUUGGGUAAGGGGGACAAACCUUCCCACCCCACCCCCUGUCAGGAGUGCGGAAAAUGCAGUCAACUCUCAAAGCGACUCUACUGGAUACAAAAAAAGUGGUUGCUUGAGGGAGGCGGUCGCUCAAGAGGAAAAUUGUAACCAUAAAUCAAAAUCGCAUGUAUCGACUUACUUCCUCCUCAUGGAGUAUCAGUUUAAAGAAAGGGAAUGUACAAAGCCCCUUUACAAAGUUGCUAAACGUUUCAGUGUUCAUUUUCAUUUUAAAAACAUGCACCAAAGACAGUUUUUCCAACCAAAUAAUCUUUUUCUAUGAAAUCCAAAUUCUGGUUUCUCGAUUACUUAGUUCGUUGUUUUAAAAAUUAAACAGUCGUGGAGACCAUUCAUAAUUUACGCGACUGUAGUUCUUGGAAUCGUGUUGGUGGUUGACUACUAAAGAAACAUAGGAUUUGCCUAAUUGUUCGCAAGUGGUUGUAGCCGCAGACGGCAAAUUUGAGCAUUGGUCGCCUAGAAAGUUUGUGAAAGGGUAUUUGAAUGGUGUAAAACUAGUCAUUUACGAACAAGUAGUUUAUUAAACGAAGUAAUUGUGGAUGAGACUGAACUCUAUCACCAUGGCAAAACACUCUCUCUCGUGAUCCUAACAAGUAAUUUCAUAGAGAUCGCGCUUGACAAAAUGUUAUCCAGUAGAAUUUUUAGAAUAACUAUCUACUUCAAUUAUGCGUUGUCACCGGUCGAUUACGAACACAGAAGAUACUGCUUAAGUUCCACAGAGUUUUGCCCGUACCGACGUACGUUAAGUUUGAGUAUGCGCUAAGAUUAGAGAACGAUAAGCCCCGCAAGCCUGCCUUCGACAACGUCUCUAAACGCUCCGCCGUUUCUUGACUUCAUAGGACACACUAGACUGCGCAUGAGAUUUUUACUUUCAAACAGUCCUUCCACGGGAGGAUGUUGUAAUAGCAGUUCGUUGGACGUGUUCUCGGACAACCUUUCCUGUAUACCAAUUCGGAAACUAGUGUUCAAUGUCACUAAAGUAAACCCUGAGGACUAACAAAGAGUUGACAUGAACUGUGCUUUGAAAAAAAUUUACUUGAUAGAACAAUAAGAAAGGAGUUGGUGAUUGAAUGAUCGACUUCAGUAACCAGCUACCCUGUCAUUUACCAGGCGAUCAGUCAAGUGUUGCGAACGAUCUCUAAACGAAUGAGAAUAGAUGAAAUCCACAUAUUUGAAUUGCCGAUCAAUUGAUGAAGAUGAAAUUGAUCUUCGCAGAAAUUAAAACUACUUAGGUGGUAGUGAAAAAAGGAAAAAAAAAAACAGGCCUGUACGAGAGUUGAACUCAUGACCUCUACGACACCAGUACAAUGUUUAACCAAAACUACACUGCCAAAACUGAACUACUAUGACACUGGCUUCGUAAAGGUUGGCCAUGUUUAGUGCGCGAGUUUUAUUAGAAUACUCGUGGUUUGACUGUACCAUUUCACACUCGUUUUGAGUAUACGUGAUCGAAUGGCGAACAUCACGUGCAGCUUUCCCAAGCUUAUUCAAACAUAACAAAAACUCAUUUUAACAGCAGCUUUGUUAUUCAAAUAUGUUGAGCAACCGAAAUAUUCCCAACAAACCGCAUACAUAAACAAAAGUGAAUAACGGUAUUUGUUGCGCAAUACAAGUUGCACUACCAAGAACCGGCUUCAAGCGUCAGGCUAUUUUAUAGAAGCUGGGAGCUGGUGUACACUGACAAAGGCCAAGUAAAGGUUAUUUGUGUGACAGACGGUGAGUGCAUUGCAGAGAAAAACAGUGGUCACAUGUGUAGUAUUUACGAAAAGGUUAGGUCAACUGAUCACAAUGUGCUGGUCGUCUACGUAUGCCAUUUUAAAUCCCUACUGAUCGCACUCCAGCAAUAUCUGAACAUACACAACAGUGAGAACUGACCGCAUAAUUAUUCACCUUAAACCUUCUUUUUCCGGUUUUUGACCAUUUUGAGUAAGCACAUUUAUCUCAUCAAUUCGUAGCCACAAUCUCCUGCGAAAAAAUUCUGCCCAGUUUUUAUAUCUUUGGUGAUCAUGACCAAACGGAGGCAGAUUGCUCAGUGUGUCAGAGUCCUGAGCAGAGCGAAGGAGGGAGAGGAAACAGGAAAGAAACGAAACGAAAGAAACUAUAUCUGUGUUCAUCCAAAUGAAACUGUUUUCAACCUGAUUUAAACCUCAACGGCUACAUCGACAAUCGGUUUACUUUCCGCAAGAAAACAAGUUAUAUAAGUAAUUCACCCUCCACUCUGGGGUUGGGCUUCGGUUAUCUAGGUUUAUGAGAGGAAUUAAAUCAGACUUAGGAACAAAACUGAGAAAAAAAAAAAAAAAAAACGGUUGCAUAAUAUUGUUAGCGAUCAAGUGUGCCAUUCCUAUCAUUCCUUGGUAAAACGCACCGGAACUUUGCGACCUUUGCUGCCUACCACGGUUGGUGAACUCAUUGUAUUCCGACUGGGUUAUCGUUCGCUUGCAGUUAGCUGCAUAUAAAAUCCAUCCAGAAACAGAUCAACUUUACAACGAGACUGGUAAGUAUUGACUACGCAGACCCGUAAGGUAUUUAACUGUCCGCUGUCCUGAUUUCAGCUUUGUUACUCGUACCACUUUAUUAGCUGGAGUGUUUUCGCAAUGGCGACGCUCAGUAGUAAUCCGAUGAAGAGAUUCAUUCCUAUGUUUCCCAGGGCGGAAACGAUCUAUAUCAAGAGUUGUUCUGAUUUAUCACGAAACUGGACCCUGCAGAAUUUACCUUUUUUUUUCUUUCGUGUUUUCCAUUCAAAGGCAUUCUAAUUUAUUCAGCCCAUUCUUACUGCUGACUAUUUAAGAUUCAUACAUAUGAAAACUACAGUGAUCUAACGAUAGGGAGGGAAUUAUCGAAUCUGUAGUUUCUGUUUAGCCGUAGACUAUUAAUUGACAAGGAAGUUACAACAUAACAGUAUUCUAUCCUCGACAUGAAGUAAGUUAGUGGCCUAACUCGCGAUGCACCGACCAGCAAACUUCUGAACCGUAUCGUAGAUGAAUGCAUAAAUCAAAUCCCACGCAGUGAUUUGGUUGACUAAUUUGAAUACCGAAGCUAUGAUUUAAGAUUAGAACAAGGAGGAAUGCGGAAAGAAACGUAUUAAUUCAAAAUUAACUAGGAAUCCAAGACUUUGUAGUCCACAGCAAGUCGACUAAACGCUUAGGCAUAUGAGAUUGUACAUAAACCAACAACCAUAAAUUCAUUUGCGCAGACUGGUGUCAUUAAGAGCAGGAAUCAGGAACAGGAACGAAGGGAAAGGGAAAAGUGGCCACGACAAAUGAAAAGGAAUGGUGGUGAUGGAAAAUGAAAAUACAUUCGCAUUACUUAAAUGUAUUAGACAUAUUUUCGAUAUCGAGACAAGAUGGACUUCAAAUUUUCUUUUUUUUAGUUAAUAAAGGCGACGAAAAUUCAAUUUCUUACCAACUUCACCGAUCGAUCACGUCUAGUUUGACUCGAUCAGCUAAAAAAAAAAAAAGGAUUUUAGUCUUUGCGUCGAAUUAUAAUCUGUUCUAUAGCUAUUUUGAUGCCUUUCUAUUUUAGGUUGUGAAGGGGUAGUUUCCUUUCUUAGGGGUGCCGAUGAAAGAGACAUUCUUUAGGCUUAAAGUUGGCAUAUUCGACCCGCGGACUGAGCAUCAUUAUGUCGUUCGCUCUCGGCUGUUCGCAGGAAAAAACUUCGAGGACUUUUCGAAGCGUGAAUCUUGUUUACGACUGUCAGUUUUUCUUUUUUUCCGUUUUCAAUGACCCAUUCUCGUUUUAUUAUCAUCUAAUACCGCCGCCGGCAUCGAAUAUACACACAUGCAUUCGAAAGGAAGUCCAUUUCCUGUUGGAGAGCCCCAUACAAAAUAUCACGAUAUGGUUCGGAGACGAGUCACGCACGUUAGCAUUAGAAAUAUGAACUAACUUCAGUUGCACUGAUUUGCAAUAUGAGAAAGGCAUUCUAAGAAUGAUAUCAUCGAGAGAGAAUUUCUGGCCAUAAGAAAAAUCUAAACAUUACCCCCUGUAGUAUCCUCAGUGGUACGAUAAGAAAGGUAUCAAUGAUUUCACCAAACAAAUACUGUAUUCGCCUUAAGAAGCUCAAGAUUUAAUCAUCUUCCGCAUGGGGUCCCACUGGAUGUGUAAUACUAAUCCUUUGAGCCAGGCCAGGGGAGAAGGGCUUAACUGAAACCUGCUUUAAGGCAAAAUGCAAGUUAUGUUUUUCAUUUGAAUGGUUGGCAAAAUCUACUAUAUGUAAAAUACAUUUCUAUGGAUUAAAACAAAAAAAGUGAAUCACAGACAUGCACAUAGUAUGAAUUCAAUCAAACACAAGUAUAGACAGUUUUCAGGCAUAUUGAAAAUCUGCUUUAAUACUUCCUUACUAGGUAAAAGCUUUUUUUGGGAGGGGUGAGAGGGGUGCCCUUUAAAUUAUCAGGGGCGGGGCUUGUCGGAAACUUGAAGUUCCUGAGGACAGGGAAUUUAGAGGAGAGAACUUUUUAGUGCGUACGUCCGUUGGAUUGUUUUUGCAAGGUACGCUGGCGUAUUAUCACCAUUCAUCGUUAUUGAUUAUAGCCGUAUACUUAACCUAUUCACUUUUUCAAAAUUCAUUUAAUUGAAAUGGUUUUUGGUCGCAAAAUAACUAUCAUUUAGCCGUAUCAAAAACGAACACGUAUAUGGUCAUUUCAUGCGAGAAAGUCACCUUUUGUCGUGAAUAUAAUCCUUUCAAUAACAAUGUUCAACGAAGCGAACCACUCACGAUGUCACGCAAUUUUUUAAUAUUUUCUCUGUCAUUCUACAUAGACACGUAAAAGCAUCUUCAAGGAUCAAGAGAUCAGAAAAUACAUAUAAGUUUCACAAUAACCCUUUGCAAACUCAUGCAAAUAUGGGACUCCAAACUCGCCAAUGGUAACAAAUAAAUAUGUGCCAUGGGAAGACAAACAUCCUUUCUUUGUAAUGGUCAGUAAGUUUAAGGUCCUAUAGUUUCAAGAGUUUGCAAUAUUUUCUCGCAAAAAAAUUCAGAUUCAAACUUAUAUCUGAUCAAUUGAUCAGUUUUUUCGUUUGAGUUAAUCGUUGUGAAGGCGUGACACCGCCUAAGUUCGAUCAAAGGUCGUUUAGCAUGCUUCAUAGCGUGUCUAUGUAAGUAAUUCGCUUUUUGUAACAUUCCUCUCGUGCACGGGAUUACGGGAUCACGGGAUCUAAAAAAGCAAUUGUUUCUUGAAGCAUAACUUCUUUCGUGCUUUGUAUCAGUGUAUCGAGGCUUUCCUCAAUGAAGUAACUCAUUUUCGUCCAAGAAGACGGACAAGUUGUGAUUAGUCGCAGCCUAAGCUUGAAACAUACGCGAUCGCUAGAAAGUAAACCUUAGGGCUGAAGCUCAUUGAAUACUACGAUCUGCGGUGAAUGUUAAAUCCGUGCGAACCGGCCGCGGAUUAACACGUGUAACUACCGACAGAUCAGUAGGUAAACGUGAUGCCUACUCUGAUACUUUAAAACUAAGUACUGCCUCAAUGGUGUACGUAAUGUACGUUAUCGAAACCACGUUGUGGUUCUAGCAUUUGUUCUCUCGAGUUUGUUUAUAUUGCGUUUGCUGUUCUUUUAUUACAACAGGGAUGGAUCCUUCAGUGCGAGAUGAUAAAUCAACCGACUUUCUGACUCAUAAAUCUAAAGAAGACCUUUCUCAUGAACCUAAUGGAAAGUCUUCCACCGACAUCGGGACAGCCGAGAGCGGCGAAGGAGGCAAAGAGCAACGUGAGACUUGGGGCCACAAGGCUGAAUUCAUUCUCGCCACUGUUGGUUUAGCUGUCGGUUUGGGAAAUGUUUGGAGGUUCCCGUACCUUUGUCAGAAAAACGGAGGAGGUGAGAUCACUUUUCUUCCAGUUACAAUUUCACGUGGUAUCAUGCUUAUAAUACUAUUAGGGUGGCGAUUAUAACAACUAACGGUCGAUCAACUUUGAUUUACGCCCUGAUCGGUCCCCCCUGGAGGCUCUCUAAUGAGGCGCCUCUCAGACUCGACUAAAUAGACCACAGCCGUUGUUAUGGAUUCCAAAAACGUUUGAGAACUUAAACGUCGAGACUCUUAGAAGUUUCGCAGCCUUUUAACACUCUCAAGCUUUGUCACAUUAUCGAUUUCGGUCGGAAUAGGAUCAAUGGAAUUCGCGUGUUGUAGUUACAGUGACGUGACAUUCUACGCACGCGAUAUGUGUUCCCCAAGAAUUCGGUACAAUUUCGAUUAUUUAUUAACCGAGGAAAAGUCAAUAUUCAAGCAAUUAAUAUAGAUUAGAUUACGCAACUCAACAGCGGUUCUGUCCCACUGCGACGACAAACCACCGUUCAACCAAAACUACAAAUGCAAUACGCUACUGUCCGUCACAUGUCAAUAACACCGAAUAAAUUAUGUCAUCUGGGCGACAAGCUUUCAAGUCGUCUUGCAUAAUUUCGCCAAAACUAAUGGGCGCGAAAGUUGCUAACGUCCGUGUCCUCAUGACGAGUUCUAUGUUUAUUUAUUAAUUCGACCUUCACAUACAUUUUAGAAUAACUGGCGUUUCUUGCAAUCUGAUCGACCCUCAACUGAGUGAUUUAUUCAUGAGUAGAUCUGAAACGCCUUGACACGGUACACUGAAACAAAACGACAAAUCAGAUUUCAGAAGUGCAAUCACUGACAAAUCAGCUUCUUUAAGACGUAAAAAGGUACUGGCCAAAAUCUUCAAUUCAGGGCCUCUUUACAUGGAAAGGUGAAUCGCCUGGCCGUGGUCAGAAAAUAGCCCGCGUUUACAUAGAAUCUUACAGCCCCGGGAUGCCGGGGUGAAGUUUCUCGAGGUUGUUAUCGCACUUGCUAUUAAGGAGUUUCAGAUGUCACCACGGCGGCGUAUGGUAAAACGUUGCCGAAAGAAUGUAAUUAAUUUUCGAAGAUUUUAGCCACUAGCUCGAUGCGUUAACCGUUUCUAACGGUACAAUGUCUUCACUUCGGCACAACAUGCGAAUGUAGUGAUGAGUUCAAAGUAAAAACGUGAUUAAUUCGUUGUCGAGGUUUCAUUGCUAAGAGGACGUAAAAAUUGGUGUUGUAAGGUAUUUAGCUCAGCAUGGAACGGCUAGGAAAUUUAAAAAGUUUGUUUCACUCGUGUUUCACUUUUGCUUAGCUCAUUUGAUCUUGUGGUAAUAUGAGCACCACCCCGGCUAGGCAGGUUAUCCGACUUUCGCACGUUUACAUGGCAAAUUGUUCCUCCGGCUGACAGGGUUACCCUACCCAGCAGACCAGACAACCCACCAACGCGGGUCAUCUCACCUGUCAUGUAAACGUGAUCAAGAUAAAAUGAGAGACUAUAUGGACAGGCAGGUUACCCCAGGGGUCCCCCACCUCCACGUAAACAGGCCCUAAGUUAUUAAUGUUUUCAAAUUCCAACUGGACAUAUUGCUUCACACUGAUCAAAGUAAAUUGAUUAAGUUUAAGACUGUUCUUUUUCAUACUUCUUAGACUCAUUUGGUAGCUACUCUCAUUCAAACAGGUUUCUUCUGUAUCAAAAAAAACAACAACAACAACAACAAUAACUUCAAACACUAGCAGUAGACUAACUGUGCUGGGAGUGGAAACAUCCUAGACACUGAAGAGCUGACAGCUCAAGGGUACACUUUUCGAGUCUUUUUUUUUUAUUAUGCACCAAUCAGAUCGUUUAAGGUAUGCAUCUUGUACCAAUCAGAUCGCCGCAUUUGAGUAUGUAUCUCGCACCAAUCAGUGUCAUUUUUGAUCUUUGGUUUGAGAGAUGUUCAAAUUUCAAUGAAGUAAUGGGGGAUUUGGAGAGAGCGAUUCGUAAAAUAGAAUUAUCUAUUAGAAGAAAUGUUGGCUUUUCUUUAUUUUUAACAUAUUUUACUACGCUUUAAGAGAAAUACAAUACUACUGGACAGAUGAAAGAUAUCAGAUACCUAUAGUAAAUGUGUUACUCAUGCUGUGAAAAUGAAGGAUAGUUGUUCAAGAGAAAAAUGGAGUUCUGUGCACUGUAGUGUGAUCAUGGUUAUUGUUCCUUCACAACAAGAGAGUGGGGAAAUUUUGAAGCAAAUAUUGCUUGAGAUGUUGACGAAUUGCACCAAACAUUUUGAUUUGAGCAGUUCUUUAACAGCAAGCUGUGUUACAAGAUUCAUGAUUUGUUGAGUGUGCCAAUUAUGUUCUUCUGGAUUGGUUUGCUCAGUGCUAUCUCUAUAUGAAUGUCUGAUUAAAAUUAUCUAUGGACAAUUUUGUGUAUGUUUUCAAUGCCUGGGGGAAGUGAUCUUGUGGAGUCAUUUGUGUUUGGCCAAGGAUGAAUUCAGAUACCAUCGUUAGCAUGUUUAUUUGAUUUUGUUACCUGGAAUAAAUGUUUUAUGGAGGUAAGUUAAUAUGAUGUGAUCUACUAACAUCGAAAAUAUAUCAAGUCAAAGGAACAGUUUUGGUCUCGGUCCGCAUAUUUGUCAACAAAAUAAACACAAACUGCUUAAAAAGAUGAUAAAACGGAAAAUGUGCAAAGCUGUCAAUUGUUUCUCGAAUGUUGCGCAUGUUAAAUAUUCAAUAGUGACUUCUCAUUUACAUCUACAUCUACAUCUAUUUUUAUUACAUUGGUAAAACCUGUACAGCCAUCACACUAACCAACUCGUGUGCAAAGUGAGAAGACUAUAUGAAGGCUUAAAAUUAUAUUACAAUCAAUUUUCAUCAAGAAAUGGGUCAGGAAUAUUCCACAAUAGUGCAAAUAAUCUUGAAAACUGAUCGCGGAAAAGCAAUUGUGUGACACUUGGUAAGUGAUAAGAUGACAUGUUAUCACAUACCAGACAAAAAAAACUCUUCAGAUUCUCAGUCUGCAUUUGUACCCACUCUGCAAUCUGCAUUCUACAUUUUGUAUCUGGUCUGCAGUCUGCAGUCUGCAUUUUGUGCUUACAGGUAUUUGUGGCAUCAAUACAGUUUAAUUUUGGUUACAGUUAUUCACACAAUAUACACAAUCUACCACAAAAUACCUGUGUGUGAGUUAAUUCUACAUUUUUGCUCUUUCUGCAUUAAUACUCUUCUUUCCUAUUGUAAGAAUGUAGACAUCACCUACAAUGUUUCAAGUAAUCCACCCAACCCCCAAAAAAUAACUCUUGCAUGCACAGCAUGUCUAUGUUUUUUCAUAUGGAAACUUUGCACACCACUUAAGUUUCCAGGAGUAAAACAAGAUUUUACCUGCAUGUACCUCACUGAAAUGUGAACACUCUUAUGAUCUUUUCAAUUAUUGCUAUGGACUCCUUUUCAUCAUUUUAUAAAAGUCAAAUUUUUAUUACUGGUUGCAUGUUUUUACCAUUAAGUAAUAAAUUAGAAACCUGCUAAGUCAAACUCCCAAUGUAGACAAAAAUUGGUUUGAGUUAGCAAGGUUUCAAGUUAGCUGAUAGUAAAUGACUGAAAAAAUAGUGUCAAGGUAAAUCUAAUCUUGUUUGAGUUUGAGUUGGUGGGGUUCUCCUGUAAUCAAUUUUUCAUGAAACUGUAAUUUGAUCUGUCUCCCAUUACAUGUAAUUGGAAGGGGAGAAAUCUCCCUACCCAUCAUUUAGCUUUAACAAACUUCAGACAAAAAAGUAAAUCAGAGGGUCAGAGAAAAUUCCAGCUGAGUUUGUUGAUCUAUGAGAACAGGUAAUUUUCAUCACUUAUAAUAUCUCUACCAUUCAACAGGUGCUUUUCUUAUCCCUUACGUUAUCUUCAUGUUGAUUGAGGGAUUACCACUGUUCUUCCUGGAGUUAAGUAUUGGUCAGAGAAUGAGAAAAAGUGCUAUACGAUGCUGGCAGGAUGUACACCCUGCCCUUUUUGGUAUUGGUGUGUCAUGUCUCAUGGUCUCACUGAUGUUGUGCCUCUAUUAUGUGGUUGUCAUCGCUUGGUGCUGUUAUUACUUCUUCAUUUCAUUCACCAGUACCCUACCUUGGGAACAUGACAAGCUUUGCACUAACUAUAAUGAAUUUGCAAAAAUCAAAAAGACUCUUGAUAGCCUGUGCAGUGCCUCCAACAAAACUUGCAAAGCCACCCCACAGUACCAAGCAGUGAAUGCAAGUUAUCAUAAUUUCCCAGAUUGUUGUGUGCGAGACCCACCACAAUAUUACUUCUACCACCACGCAAUGCAAAUUUCAAAAAACAUUGAAGAUGCUGGAGUUGGUAUGAAUGGGAAACUUGCUGGAUGUCUAGUGUUUGCAUGGGUUAUUACAUAUCUCUGUGUGGUCAAAGGAAUUAAAUCAAGUGGAAAGGUAUUCUUUCUUGGCUAAUUUAAAAUAUUUGCAUUUAGGGCAAUAGAUCUGCAAUUUUCUGCCGUAGCAAUUCUCGUUUGAUUUGAGACAAGACUCUAUGAGACUUCUCAACGGUCAGUGUACCAGCCUCAGAUUAAGGAACCAGUUAACACCAGUUGAUUCAGCCCAAUCUUGCUUGCCCUGCUGGCUUUUCUUCUUUCUGUGACUCUUUUUUUUUUUUUUUACUCAAAAUAAGGGGCGCCCCUCCACUAGAUUCACCACUGGUAGUGAUGCGAAAAAACAAUUGAGCUAAUUAUGGAGUUUCAUGAAUGAGUAUCUGAAUCUUCUAUAGUCAGUUAUGUUCUCUAAUUUUCCUUCUAGGUUGUGUAUUUCACUGCAACAUUCCCCUACGUCAUUCUCAUCAUCUUGUUCUUCCGAGGUGUUACAUUGGAGGGAGCAGGAAAUGGUGUCAAGGCAUUUUUCAACCCAGAUGUGAGUAGACUUGCUAAUAGCUGAGGUCCCUUAAACUGUAAGCCUAAUGUUCUGUUUUCAUUAUGUUACAGUGGAGUUUGUUGAAUAAUGCCGAUAUUUGGAAAGAUGCUGCCACCCAGAUGUUCUUCACCCUCAGCUUAGGAUUUGGUGCACUUAUAGCAUUUUCCAGUUAUAUGCCUCUUCACAACCAAGUGAUGCGUGAUGCCUACACAGUGGUAUUCAUCAACUGUGGCACAUCAGUGUUUGCUGGAAUUGUAGUGUUCUCUAUUUUGGGAUAUAGGGAACAUGUCACAGGCAUCCCAGCUACUGAGGUAGGAUAUUAUUUUAGAUAACACUGACAACAGGCAUGAUUCCUUUGUUUAUAAACUGUAUUUUCUUUAUUACAAUGAUCACAUUUGUGAUUAAGUUACCAUGUGUUCAGCUACCAGGACUGCAAAUAUUCCAGAAUUAAAAUGUUAUGUGGCUAAGAAAAGACUCCACAAGAUUUGCCUUAAUUACUACUGUUGGGAUAAUUCUGGUUGGAUAUUGAGUUUAAGCUAUCUUGUUGUGUAAAAGUUCUCUGGACAAAAUUCAGUCUCUUUAAAAAGUGGUUGAUCCCACAGAUUAUCUAUAAAUGACCAAGCCAUGAUCAUGGAAGUCUCAAUUGAGGUUUGAUUGGUGUAACUGUAUUUCUUUUAACAAACAGGUUGGGUCUGGUCCAGGUCUUGCCUUCAUGACCUUUUCUGAUGCCAUUCUUUUGAUGGAUGUUUCACCACUCUGGGCCAUCCUGUUCUUCUUCAUGUUGAUUCUUCUUGGUAUCGACAGUGAGUUUGGCACCCUGGAAGCAGCCAUUGGUCCUAUCAUGGAGCUGAAGAUUUUCCCCAACAUGAGGAAGGAACUUCUUACACUUCUAGUUGCAGUGAUUUUAUUCCUGUUUGGUUUGUGCAUGGUUUCUGGACCUGGUUUCUACAUUUUCCAAAUGUUUGAUGAUUACUCUGUCACCAUCCCAUUACUUGUGAUUGCUUUGUUCCAGUGCAUUGGAGUGGCAUGGGUUUAUGGUAAUGACAGGUAUGGCACAACUUCCACUGGCAUUUUUUAAUGAUAAAGUAGCCCACUGAAUUAAUACUACAUAAAGAACACCAGUGAGCUAAGAGGGUAUAUCUAACCACUACCAGCGCUAAUACUGCUGACUAAUGAGACUGUUAUUAUGAUCAAGUUGAUAUUCCUAAGAGAAACAUUUGUCACAAAAGAAAAAAGGUAGAUAUAUCCUCCAAAAUCAUGACCUGCAUGAAUAAUCAAAGUGUUAUCUUACAAAUACACAUAGGCAUAGCAUUUUAAUUUUUGUAUGCAUGCAAAUAGGUUUGCAGAUGACAUUGAAUUCAUGACUGGUAAGCGACCAUGGAUUGGCUGGAUGAUCUGCUGGAAAUACAUCUCCCCACUGGCUUUGUUUGUAGUUCUUGUUGCCCUAAUUGCCCAACAAAGCCAAAGUGCUCCAACAUACUCCAAAUUUGUUGGAUGUACACAGGUAUGGCAGCUGGCUAGAAACUGUACUGUUUUUUGUUUUUCUUAAUCAUGAUGCAAGAUUUAAACAAAUUUGUGCACAGUGAGCAGCCCUCAUUUACCUGAAAUUAAGGCAUUGUGAUAGUAUCAGUCAUUCAACCUUGACUCCUACUUGAAAUGUUGAGCUAUAGGCUACCAAGGGGACACGGUUACUAAGAGGUUAGGCAUUGGGAUAAUGUGAUGCCAUCAGGCAGAGACUGGCAUACAGAUUUCCCUGCAUAUUUUGUUUAAAAAAGAGGAAUAGCGUGACUGUUGUAUUCCUUACAUUUAGGACCCCUAUAGUGGUGCUGGGUCAGACAAAUGGACAGUAAGGGAAAAAUACCCUGACUGGGCAGUGUUUGUUCUUGUGAUGAUUGUGCUUGUCUCUACUCUGCCAAUUCUCAUCUGGAUGAUUAAGGAUUGGCCAAAGAACUGGCGUCAAGGCUUCCACAAAACAUUCUGUACUGGUGUCAACAAUUACCUGCCAGAUCCUAAGAAGGAAGAGAUUCCAGGAGAUGCAAAAAGGGGUUCCAGUAACUAUGGCAUUGAAGGAGGCAAUGUUAUGUAA